UAAUUCGAUUGAUACUUUACUCAUUUGAUAAACUUGAUGUAUGGUAAGAAUUCUAGUUUGUUUAUGAGAAGGAGGCAAGAACCUCAGUGUAGUCCCAUUUCAUUCAAGUUCUCUUCCUAUCUGUUCUUUAAGUCCUUCUGGCAUGAAUAUUCUGCAUCCUGAAAUAUUUAUACUCCCUAUGUUCCAAUUUAUAUAACUCUUUUCCCAUUUUAGGACGUUCCAAAUUGUUUGGAACCGAUUCUAUUUAUAUAAAUUUAUCAGAGUUUGUCAGAAUUUAAGAUGUAUUAAAUUACCUCUUUAAUUUUGACGUGAUCUCUCUUUUCAACCACUAUUUUACUAGUUUCUUCCAUUAUGAGUAAUAUAUCAAGUUAACAUCUUAAAUGUUGUGGUCACUCAAACAUCUUCUCAAAAAAUGAAAGGUAAGGAGUACGUAUGAGCUAUAAAGGAAUCCCUACUGAAUUAUGUAUAGUUCAAUCUGGAUAAUUGCUUUUAGAAGUUUGAUAUUUAUCAAGACUCCUAAUAAUCAUACUCAUAGACUAAGCAAAACUUUCCUAUUUCAUUUAGGUCCUCUCACUCUUUCCUUUAAACAUGAUUUUGUGCUUUUAGGUGCUGAGUUUUAAACCUCCAUGAGGUAGGGCUAAGGUCUGUGUACACUCUACCCUCCCUAGACCCCUCCUGUGGGAUUACACUGAAGAUGCUAAGUUUUAACCUAAAAGUACUUGUGUUUUUCAGCUUUUGUCUGAAGAGGAUUGAAGAUCCAUCAUGUUUACUUGCUAGUUUAGCUUUCAAUUUAGAAUUUAGUCAUAUACGGAUCCCCUACCAAUUAUGAAUACUCCAUUUGUCCCAAUUUUAUAUGACACUUUAUCUCAGGACAUUACAAAAUAUUUGAUACCAUUGCUCUUAUUAAUUCCUUACUGUGAGGAUAAACUAGUAUUACGUUGAUCGUUAAUUUACCACAAAACUCCUUUAUUCAGGUCUGAGAUCAUCAAAUUGAUUCACAUAGAUUGUUCAUAUGUCUAGGCUCAGUUUCCACGUCAAUGGUGUGAUAGUCUGAUAGAUGAAAACGCAACACAUAAAUUAAAAUACUGUAGUUGAAAGUGUUGUGGGAUAAGGAGAUACAUAUCAGAGUGAAAGAUAGAUUUUAUAAGACAGUUGUGAGACCAAUGGUGGUAUAUGGCUUGAUGGUGGGUAUCUGAGGUCCGACAUAUCCAAAAAAUGAGUGUUGUAGACAUGCGAAUUGUAUGGUGUGUGGUCAUACAAAACUAGACAAAAUAAGUGAUGUUUAUGACAAGGUACAAGUAGCACAUGCAGAAGAUAAAAGGAAAGAAGGUCCUGAAUUAUAGUUUUGAAAUGUCUACGUUAGAAGUUCAAAUGCACCAGUGUGUAGGUGUGACAUUAUGAUGGUUGAAGGUGUUAAAAUGGACGAGGUAUCUCAAAGGACUUACAAUUUCUCGAGAUUCUUGUAAAAUUAGCAAAAAACAAAAUAUAAAUGAAGCACAGUAGGUAAUUUCAAUGGUUAGGAUUAAGGUUUAUGUUAUGUUGCUACACUUAUAUUAAGUAUGUUGUUUGCCAGGAGUCUUUUUUAGUUCAUUACUGUAUGUAUUUUGGUUGAAAAUAUAAAAAAACCUUUAGUAAUAGAGAACCCUUAAUAUCUGAGUAUUGGAAUGGAACCGCUCCAAAUGGAGCGGAAUGGAUAUUGAGCGUUCAUAUAGAUGACAUCAACUACUACUUGAAUAUAUUUUAACUACUCUUUGCUAAACAUACAAAACAUGUUAACUUAUUUAUUUUCUUUUCCAUUCAUGUAAAAUAGAAGGGACGGAGUAUUAUGCUUUUGCAUCCUCUUCUAUUUAAUUCCUGAAACUAUAUGCAUCUUUUUCAGCAGACACUUAUCCCAUUCCCCAGUUCUAUUUGUACUUGUCUCUUCGGAGCAUAUAAUAAGUCUUCAGCUUUCCCAUCCUAAUGUUAAGGACAUGGAAUGUUCCUCUUUAGGUAAUUUUAUGUGCAAAUCAAUGUUACUUCCUCCUUUUUGUAUCAUUUUGUUAUACGGUAAUGAUCAGUUUUAUCCAAAAUGUGAUAAUUCCGCCAGCUAUGCUAGCAAGAUUUUAGUUCUCUGUCAUUAUCUAUAACCAACUUAAGUUCCAGGUCAGAUUUCCUAGUUUCUUCACUUUUGGGAAUCCCAGUACUCCUCAGACGUAUUUGUACAUUCUUCUAUCUUUCUUUGUAUUUUCUGCUUCAUGGUCUGAGUAUAUUCACAAGAAUACACAAUGACAAUCAGCAACAUCAAUUUGACAUCAGGAAUUCAGAUAUUCCUCAUGGAUCUAGAGAAGUAAUAACCUUUCUUGUUUCUGCAGGAAUUGUUAAUUGAAGCUUUUGUGAUGGAAGGAGGAGAUUCUCUUGUAAGGAGGUGGGAGGACCUUGAUAGUGAUGUCUUGGUUAAGAUACUCCAGUCCUUUGACCUUUUGGAUUUGACUGGACCUGCUCAAGUUUGUACUGCGUGGCAGUUGGCUUGCUCUGAUCAAGUUUUCUGGAAAAUGCUGGACCUGUCAGUACUGAAAUCAAACUUCAUCAAAAUUCCGUUUGAGCCCUACGUAUAUGUCGAUAGUCAGUCUGAUAAAUCGUUGACCCGCCUCCUGAAGAUUUAUUUGAACCUCAGUCGUGGAAGCAUACUAACGUUAAUCUUCCAUUACAAUUUGUAUGUCAGGGACGAUCAGUUGACUUAUACUGCCGAGAGGUGUCCACGGCUUAAACGUCUUGUUAUGCCUGCUUGGAACAGAAUAGAAGAGACAGGAAUAUGCAGGGCUAUUCGUAUGUGGGAAGAUCUUGAAUCACUGACGAUGCCUAGUAUAGAAGAUCCUCCAUGUGUCAUGAAGGAAAUUGGAAGGAGUUGCAAAAAUUUUGCUGAGCUCAAAAUUAUGGGGCCCUGUGAUUUGCUCUUUGCAUCUACACUGGUAGAAUACCUUCCGAACUUGAAAGUGUUGAGUGUGAGGUGCACAGUGUUAUCUAAACCUGCCUUGGUUAUUAUCUUGGAGGGGUUAAAAAAGUUGGAAGUGCUCAACAUAUCUCAUUGCCUAAUUACUGAAGUCCCUCCACCUGAACCGAUGGAAAUUCUGACCGAGCUUGAUGAAUCAAUUCUUGAAAAAGCGUCUAGGUUACGCGAAUUCCUAACCUGCAUGAGUGACUCGUGCAUCACGUGUCAGCAUACUCGUAAUGAUGAAGGGCUGCUGAGGUGGUAUAGGUAUGAAGAAGACCUCUGGAAAGUGGAUGAGGUGAAAUCUCUUGCAAUUUGACAACGUUAAGAAUAUGAGUUAAAGGUCCAGUAAAAUGUGCAAGCUUGUGUAUUAUCGUUUUCAGUUGGUAACUUUUGGUGGCAGAAGGAGGAGAGUAGCUUUGUAGCAUUGGAGACAUAUAAACAGUAUUUUCAAGUACAUGGGAGCGCAACGCUGUUUUUAUGUUGUAACUUCGUAUGACUUUUAAGUUGUUCUCUUCGGCAGGGUUUUUUUCCUGUUGUGUGCAUUCUUUAUGUUUCUAUGCUUUUUGUUCAUUUUUUUGCG